AUGAAGAAAAGUGAAUAAGGGCAAACUGAGGGAAUGGCAGAUAAGAUAUCCAAACUUAUCGUGUUCCUUUAUUAAGUAGAUAUCUCGAAAAUAAAAAGCAAUUAUUACUUUGCAGUUUUAAUGCUUAUUUUUUAUGCUUAGCUGUAUUCAAUAUAAAUAGUAUCUUAACAGUAAGAUCCUCAUGAUAGUCUACUAGAGAUUUUUUGGAUAAUUACUUCCUACACAAAUACAAAUGUUGUAUUGUCUAAUUUUAAGCAACAAUAUAUAGGAAUAGUAGUCUUAGUGUUUAUAAUUUUGGUUGAUUUGAUGUAUCUUUAUCAAAUUUAUAAGCUUAUGAACUCAUCUACUAGUAUGAAUUAAAAUAUCUUAGAAAAGAAAAAAAUAACAAUAUAAUUAGUCAGUUUGUACACUGAAUUAUCCAUUUGGAUUUUUUUUGUGAUCAAAAUAGAUUUAGCAUUUGGAAGUAUAUUUUGUAACAGUGGAACUUAUACAAAUUAAUUAGAAAGAAGAUGCUCAUAUAACUUAAGUUUUUCAGGAAUGCCUUCAAUAAUUAUGUUGAUAUGUGGAGUUAUUUCUCUUUUAUUGUCUACGCUUCAACUGAUUACUUCAAAAAUUUUAUACAUAAAUAUCGAUUUUAUUAAAAAAAAUCCACUUAAACCUUAAGUGAGUUUAUCUUCCCUGGUCAGCUAUGCUAUUAUUGUGUUCUACGUAUUUUUUUCAUACAUUCAUAUCGGAGAAUCCUUCAUAGCUGUCUACAUAAUUGCCUUUGUAUAUUGCUUGACCUAGCUUAAAGAAUACUUUCUUAAUUUUCCUGUACUUGGCAAGUAAAUAUUGUGGAUGUAUGGAGACUUAAAUAUUUUAUUUGUUAUAGGUACUAUAUUAUGCUUGAUAAGAGAUUAAGAUAGCAAAUAAUUCAUAGAUAGCUACCAUAUGAUUUAUUUGCUAAUAUUUGGAUCAGUUUUAUGCUGCUGUAAUAUUAUCUUUAUUUAGAUAUAAUAUUACAAACUAUAUAGAAUAAAUCUUAAGCUAAAUUAUUGUAAACCUCUGCUAGCUUGUCAAUAUUUAAGUGAAAUAUGUGAGCUUCUAAAUAAUAGUGCAAAAGAUAAUUAGCAAUGGUUAUAGCUUAUGGGUAUUUUAGAACUUCAUCAAGGCGAAUGUGAAGAUUAAUACUGCCCUUGUCAAGAAGGAUCUAUUUAUUAAGGACUAACAGAAGCAGAAAUGAGGGAAAAGAGAAAAGAAAUUCAGCAAAUGAGUUUAGAUCAAGGUUUAGCUAUUAUUCCUUAAGGAAUUUGGUUAUCUGAAUUGAGAAAAGAUUUUUCUGAAUUCAAAUUUUGGCUUGAAGAUUUUGUGGAAUAUCACUUUUAUCAAAUAGUUGAAUAUCAAACGAAAAACAACAGAAUCAAAAAGGAAAUAUAUGUCUAUUUUUACUUUUGGAGCUUUGAGAUUUAUAAUCUUAAGAAUUAUAUAAAAGCACUUUACUUGAUGAAACAGCAUUUUGCUUUAGUUAAAAAUAAAUCAAUUAUAUUUUUAUCUAUUGAGUAUUGUGUUUCUAUUAUUAUUGAGAGCUUAAUUAAAGAAAGAGAUAAAUCUAUGAUUUAUUCAAACAAGUAAAGCGAUAUUUAAGAUGCAAUGCUGGUUAGAAAGUUUAGUCAUUUAUUUAACAGUGAGUUCUAAGUGAUUAAAUAUAAAGAAUAUAUUUCUAAUUUAAUAAAUAAAAAAAUUGAAAUUUGUGAUAAGCUAAUCAAUAAUUACUCUUCUUUACAAAAUUUCAACAAGGAUAUCAAAUAAUUGGUUAAGUCAGUAGAUCAAAUUGAAAAAAAAAUGAAGACUGCUCUAAGUGGGGAUUAAGAAAAUGUUCAUUAUCUCAAAUUAUUAUCUCUUAUAAAUUAAGUUUUGUACUGCCAUCCUCAGCAGUCAUAUGAUUAUGAAGCUUAAAUUGUAGAUAUCACAAAUAGGGAUAGAUCCUUAGAGAAAGAUGUAAUUCAUUCGAUUUCUAUUCUAAAUGGAGAUGUUGCUUCAAUUGUAAUGAGUUACAAAGAUUAAAAGUGUUAAUUAGAAAAAUACUCAAAUAGAACUCCUAAUUUUUUUGGAUAUAAUAAUGAGGAGUUUAAAAUUAUCAAAAUUCCAGAACCUCUCUUACCUGAUAUAAUUGCUGUAUAUCAUAAUUACUAUGUAGGUAGAAUUGUUAGAGAAGGAACUCCUAAAAUUUUAAGAAGAUAUAGGUAGUUAGUAGCCAAGAGCAAAUCAGGAUUCUUAUUUCCAGUUAAACUAUUUGCUGAUUAUUUCUUUAAUAUCCAUGAUAGCCUCUGUUUUUCAGCAUUGCUUCUUAAGUUAUAAACUAAUUGCGAAUACAUUUUGGUAGAACACGAUGGAUAUAUACAGGGAUUUUCUGAAGGGUUUUACUAAUUUUUAAGGGAAACUUCUAAAUGUUAUAAUUUAGAUCCCAAUUUACUGAUGCAAGCAAAUAUAAAAAUUGUCUUCCCGUCACUUUUAGAGUUUUUAAAUAAGUAUGAUGAAAAUGGAAUUACACCUAACAUGACUAACCACUUCACAAUGGAAGUUCCGAAGAGGCUAAAUGAAUACAUAAGAGAAUUUAUAAAUAGAAAAAAACAAUUGUAAGAAAAUGUGGCUGGAGAAGCUGUGUUAGUUUCUACAAAAAAGUUAGCAUUUGUCAAGAAACUUAUAUUUUUCUUUUUAAAACUCUCCACUAAAUUUUUUAAAGAGCAAACAACUGUUUAUGACGUAAAAAUGAGGAUAACUAAAGACUUUUUAUAGUUUACUAAAGACAACUAGGUGAUCAACUAGAAUUUAUUUGUCUUAGAAAUUACUAAUAUGACUAUCUCCAAAACUUUUGAAAAUAUUGAUGAAGAUGUCAAUCUCUUUUAACACAAAUAAGGCAAUGCAAAGACAUAAAAAAAUUAAAAAGUAUAGUAAAAUUAAGAAUAGCAUUAAGAGUAAUAAGUACAGUAAAAAUUUGAAGUUGUCAAAAGUAAUUAAUUAGAAUCUGGAUUUUUGGAGAGUAAUUUAGAUGGAUUAAAAAUUGAAAGUAAUUUAGAAGAAGUAAAAUUGUAAAAUAAUUAAGAAAAUGCAAAAACAGGUAUAGAGUACAAACAAUCAAAAUUUGUUAGUUAAGAGAGUCUAUAGGUAAAAUAGUAAGCUUCCACUUAGAAUAAUCUGAAGCUUAAUUUGAAGGAUAUUCAUGUAGAUUUAUCUAACUAAAAAUUAGAUGUAGAAAAGAAAAGUAGUGAAGUUAUUUAUGACUAAGGUUAAUCAAUAAAUUUGUUAGAAUCUUAAGAAAGUUAAUAAAGAAAAUAAGUCAUUCAAUAGGUUUAGAAUAAGCUACCUUUAAAUGAGUUGAAUGUAAAGUAAAUAACACCCAAGAAUCAAACUCCAAAAUAAAUAGCAGAAUAAAAAAAGAAAACUUAUAUUACAUAAAUAACUUUAAACAAAUACUAAGAGGUCGCAUCUUAAAAUGAAUCAAAAUAAUUACCUCCAAGUGUAAAUAUAAGGCGUUAAAGAUCUAGAAUCGAUGAGCAUGAUCCAAUUUAAAUUAAUCCUAAUGAUCAUGAAAAGAAUGAUAUUGAAAUUCUCAAUAAAUAACUUUAAGAGGGAUUUAUGGAUAUCAUUGAUUAAGAAUAAAUUGAAGGGAUUUUACCUGCAUAAUGUAAAGAAAAACCUUAAGCAGAAGAAGAAAUUGAGAAAGAAUUUUUAAAUUUUUGUUCACUAACUUCUUACGUUCCUUCUCAUCCAACUUAAUCUCCAUAGCACAAGUAGUCAAAACAGUUGUCAGAUCCAAAGGUUUUAGAUAAAAAAAUAUCUAUAAAUGAGUAGAUAGUCAAAGCUCCAAUCUAGGAAGAAAACGAAUAACAUGAAAAAGAUGGAAAUGCUGAGCAAGAUGAUGAUUAAAAUAAUGGAGAACAAGGUGAAGGUGAAGAUGAAGAUGAUGAAGAAGAUUUAGAAUAAGAAUAUAUAAAUUAGAAGGAAGGACUAUUUUAGAGUAGGAAAAAGACAGAAAAUUCGUAUGGAAAUUUAAAAUCAUUUAUGGAAACAAGCAACAAAAUUACAAUUGCAGAUAAAAAAAGCAAAAAGCAAAGAGUUGAUGGAAAUUCUAAUUCUUAUAUAGAAUAGGGAAUGUAAAUAAACUCAAAUGUCAAAGAAAUAGCCAAAACAGCUACUGAUAAAACAACUCCAGCUUUUGUGAAAAACAUAUACUUUAUGUUCACUUUUUAAUGGGUAGUCUUCAUAAUAAUUGUGAUUGUCUCAUGCUUAAAUUAUUACUAAAAUUUCACAACUUUUUAAACUAGCAUUGAUGUUAUGUCUUUCUCAGCUUCAAUCAUGUAAGGACUCACUCAAUCUAUACUUUCAACAAACUUCUUAUUCCUCUAAAAAGAGAAUUUAAUAGACUUUUCUUCAGAUAUUUGGCAUGCUUCUCUUUUAAAUCAUAUGUUGCCAAUUGGAUAUUCAAAUUAUUAAACUUAUUUAGAAACAAGCUUGCAAUGGUCUAUUUCAAACCCAGGCAUGCAGACCUUUUUGAAAUCAGAGGUUGAUUUCGAUUUUUGGGUAACCGAUACACUGAGCAUUUAAUAAUACAAGAAUAUUCCUAUUACAAGUGGUCUGUAAAUGAUAGGAAUGUCUAUUUUUCAAGUUGUUUAAAAUCAAAACGCUAGUUAUGUAAACUUCUAAACCUAUCCUCGAUAAAUAGCAGUAAAUUAGAGAGGCAUUCUUUAAAUAUUUAAUCAGACUAAUGAAGAUAUUUUGAAGUUUAUUAGUAAUGAUAAAAGUUACUUCUAUCAAAUUAAUCUGUUGGUAUUAAUCUUAGGCUUACUUUCAAUAGUUUGCUCUUUUGGGCUUAUUUUUAAUUCUUUGCAUAUCUUAUAGACAUAAGAGAAGAAAAUUUUAGGAUUGAUAUCUCGUAUAACAGAAGAGGAUGCACUCAAAAUGAUUAGCCUACUAGAAAUAUCUAAAGAUUGCGUAGAUCCUUCUAAUUAAGACUAUUUAACUGUAAAUUUGAAAGCAUUUGAAGAAAGAAACAUUGGAGAUAAAAGAUCUUUAAGGUAGUCAAGAAAAACUAAACAAAAAAAAAUUAAAAGCAAUUACCUUAAUGAUAGAAUAGUUGUAAAUAGGCUCAAUACUUCUUACAGUUAUCUGAUUAUAUCUAUUUUAUUGGUUCUAGCAUGUGCUACUUUGCUCUAUGGAUUCAUUAAUUUUUAGUCAUUGAUAAAUAACUUUAAUAGCCCACUCUAAUAUAAUAGUGACUUUUUGACUUCAUACAAGCAAUACUCCUCAAUGAUAUCUAAUUUUGAUACUAUAGUGGCUAGUAAACUUGCCAAAUAAAAAUUGAAUUACAAUUAAGGUAUCUUAACUCCCUCUUAAGAAAGUAGUAUGAUAUCUGACUUAUAAUAAUAGUUAAAUUAUUGGGAAGAUUAUUUUAACUAAGGUUAUAAUUAAUUAUCACAAGGAGUUAUAUCAAAUCAAUUUUCAAAUGGACUAAGAUAAAUUAACGAAUAAGGAUCUUGUAACUUAAGUCCACAGAUUUUUGAUGAAAUAUAACUCUAAAAAUGUGAUUCUGUAAUGAGUGGAAUAAUGUCAAAAGGAUUUAUACCUGAAAUUAACACAAUUUUAAAUUAAAUAAAUGGUGCAAUAUCCACAGCUUUUAAUGAUUAAGAAUAAUUAACAUACUAUAUCUAAAAAGAAAACUACUUAGAUCAAACAAAAGUUUCUAUUUUACUUUUGAAUAUAUUCGACUAGAUAAAAAAUCUUUUGCAUUCAAGCAUUACUUCAGUCUUAAAUAAUUAUGGGUAAAUCACAAUAAUUUUAUUCACUUGUGGUUCUAUUGGUUACUCUAUCAUACUAAUAGCAGGAUUUUCAUACUUUUAUAUUACAUCAUUCAGAGAUUUUUAAUAUUUGAGGAGAGGAGUCAUUUUAAUGCCUUUUUCGCGUCUUGCUCUGGAUAAUCAUACUAUGAACUUGUUAAAUAAUACGUUAUAAAUAAAAAAAUGA